AUGGGGUUACGUUCGGAUGCAAUGGAAGUAGACUUUGCUGGCUGGAUUUUGUCCUGCUUCUCAAACUAUAAACCAGAAGAUUUGGCAAGUCUGACCCAAGGUUUAUGGACGAUCUGGAAAGCGCGAAAUGACAAGCUCUUUAAUGGGAAAUCACAAGAUUCUGCAGUUGCCAUCCAAAAUACACUGAAAUAUUGGACAGAAUGGCUGGAAGCACAUGACACACCGCACCAAGGAGAGGAGCAGAAUGUAGCCAAAGUGUGGACACCUCCAUCGAUGAACCACCUGAAGAUCAAUAUAGAUGCAGGAUGGACGGGUGCUAUGAGCACAGGAUUUGGUCUUGUGGCACGCGAUCACAACUCCAACAUGAUGGUAGUUGCAUCUCAUAUGGAAAAUACUAGAUAUGAUCCAACAGUGGCAGAAGCUCUAGGCCUGCGAUGGAGCCUAUUUACAAUCAGAGACAUGGACAUGGAGGAUGUAAUAAUAGAGACGGACUCGCUCUUGGUCUACAAAGCAAUGACAACAGAUCGAUGCAAGCCAGCUAUAGAGCCCAUCAUCCAAGAUUGCAAGCAGCUGAGUAAUAUGUUUCCUGGCAUUUCCUUUUCUCAUGUAAACAAAAAGGCUAAUAACGCAGCCCAUAUUUUAGUUUCCUUGGCAAAUGAGUUCCCUUCCAAUGUGUGGUGGGAAAAUCCUCCUAGAGCAGUUGCAGAAGCUAUUUUUGUAGAUGCCUUUUCCACUCAUUAA